AUGCGCGGGUCGGGGUUCGCCGGUCGCCAAGGGCACGGAGACGGAGAGGAGGCGCCGCCGCCGCCGCGAUUAGCACCGUCGUGGCGGCCAGUCCAGGCCGGGCUACGGGCUCCAGCCGCUCUCAGCGGUGGGAAGCGUGCAUACAUGCAUGGCUGGCACGGUGAAUUGCAAGCAGAGUGCAUCCAGGGGACUGGCGAUGCUCGGCCUCAGGCAAUGGAAACCCAGCAGCAUCAGUCUGACCAGGAUCGGUGUGAAUGACAGCGGCACUUGUUACAGCUACUACCACCCGAUCAGGAAGCAGACCACGUCUUCAUGCCGUCGAAUGCAGAGGUUGGAGGUGUGCCGCGGUGGGUUCUCUCGGCACAUCAGCACCACCUCGUGGACGACUCCUGUUCGCGUGUGGCACCAGAACAGAAGUCAGAUCGGUGCGGAGACUUGUGGGGCAGCUGGCCGUGACCUGGACCUCGUGGCCCACCGCUUCCAACUGCCUCCAAAUGGUUCAUUGCACGACGCCUGCGCCCUGGGCACACACCCGGCUGACGUGCCCCUCCAGUGCCUCGUCUAUGUCCCGGAGCAGAUCAGCGUGCAGGUGGUGGUGCGGGGGGACCGUGGCAGGGAGCUGCUGGAGAGGCCCUGUGUGGGUGUGGAGCACUCGCUGGCCUCCAGGAUAGAGAGCCUGCCCCGGGAGCUGGAGGAGUGGCUGGGGGCCGAGCAGGCCAGCGCGCUUCUGCUCUGCCCAAUUUCUUCCUGA